UACAUGUGCUACUAGUGGAACCGUGACAUGAGCAUCUGUAACAAUUACUCUUCACUAAAGGAAAUCUAAGCCGCAAACCAGAAGUUUAGGAUAAAUCCAUCCAGAUAUGAUAAACUUCGGAUUUUUGCUUCUCUUUUUAAUCGGCCUUACUGCAUCGCACCUAAAUAACCCACCUGUGUUUGUCAAACUGGGAGAAACCAUUAAUAUGUCUUGCUCUUACCAAAGCCAAAUGGCCAUGCACUUCUCAUGGUACAAGCAUAAACUUGGACAGAAUCCCAGGCUCAUCUCCACCAUUUACAAGUAUGACAACAAAGCCCGGUUUUACCAUAAUUUCCAGAAUAGUUCACGCUUCUCUGUGCUGAAUGACAAGGGUGUGCAUCAUUUGGUGAUAAGAAACAUACAACUCUCAGACUCUGCUACGUACUACUGUGGAAGUGCUUAUUCCAAUGUAAUGGAAUUUGUCGAAGGGACAGAAUUGAUAGUUGAAGGGUUGAAAAGCUACACUGUUAUAAAACAACCUGCUUUAAUUCCAUCACAUCGUGGAGAUUCAGAAUCAGAAAAAUCUCGCUCAACAUUUAUUGCCGCACAUGGAACGAGUAUUGGUCAGUGUGAGUGGAGCUCUGAAGCUGGUUUUAGAGCACGUAGAUGCGUUUACAGCUUCUCUAAGAAAGACCUGAAACUUUCUGAUUCUGGGACUUACAACUGCACUGUUGCUGCAUGUGGGGAGAUGCUGUUUUGGAAUGACACCAAACUGGACAUUAUAGGUGCUGACUUAGCAGAACAGAUGAUGACUUUUGUAAUUCUUUCCAUCGUUAGAACAUUCCUUCUUUUAAUUACUAUUGCCACGAUUACUUUUUGGUACUGCAUGAAUUCAAAAAGAAUUUCAAAAGAUGGCUGUUCUCCAUCUGCCAUUGCUUUCCGAGAUAGACAAUCCCGACCAGAAGACCAGGUCUGUUGA